AUGUGCACCAACAUAGUUUACGAGUGGCUGAAAGCGCUGCAGCUCCCGCAGUACGCGGAGUCCUUCGUGGAUAACGGCUACGAUGACCUGGAGGUGUGCAAGCAGAUCGGGGACCCGGACCUGGACGCCAUCGGGGUGCUGGCGCCCGCGCACCGGCGUCGCAUCCUGGAGGCCGUGCGCCGGCUGCGGGAGCAGGACGCCGCCGCCGCCGGCCUCUACUUCACGCUGGAGCCGCAGCCGCCGCCCGCGCCACCCGGGCCGCCUUCGGUCGCCGUUCCCACUCGCCGCCGGGGGGAGCCUUGCGGCGGCCAGGCCCAGGGCCCCCGCGGGGACCCCCGCAGCCUGACGACCGCCCCUCGCGGCAGGGAGCUGGUGAGCUACCCGAAGCUGAAGCUGAAGAUCAUGAUCAGGGAUAAGCUCGUCCGCGACGGCAUCCACCUGAGCAAGCCCCCGUACUCCCGCAAGGUCCCAAUGGCUGGCAUCCUAGAGUUCUUAAUGAAUUGGCCGAAGUCAUCACAGAACCGCUAG